GGCUUUGCUUGCAGGAGAGCGGGAGGAGUGAGACUGGAGGCGGACUAGGGGACACCUGGAAGGUAGCCACUUGCGUGCCAUCUGACCUGGGGCGUCUUGUCUACCAGCACUGGAUCGUCUUUUGUUUUCAGUUGUCCCAUCAUAGGAUUUUCAAGGGAGAAGCCCACUUGGGAAGAAGAUAAACAUAUUCUAGAAUUUUCAGUUCCACAGCAACAUUACAGAGGGACCCUUCUGAAGUGAAAAUACAGCAGAGACCCCCACAAGCCUCCAGUUAGAUUCAGGGGAGGUAUCAGACAGGAGAAGAAAAAGUCCUCAGGUCCUCCAGGUUGGGAGUAUGAAGGAUUUCCUGGAAAGGAAACUGGGAGAUCCCAAGAAUCUGCAAGCUAGGGAGGGUUCCCUCUCCUUUGAGCAGUGGGAAGACAAGUGGCAGGAGUUCCUCAGGACACUGGAGAGCCCUCACUCUGGAUGGGGAAUCCCACACUUGCCAGAGAAACCUUCACCCUGGAAUGAUGCCAAGGGCUUUCUGGCCUCCUUUGAGCAAGUGGCCGAAGCCUGUCAAUGGCCCAAAGAAGUGUGGGUAAUUGGACUCCUGCCAGCCCUCAGUGGAGAAGCUGAGAAGGCCUUUUUUGGUCUGGAUAUCAGAGACAGAGAAGAUUAUGGGAAGGUGAAGACAGCCAUCUUGCGAGGGGAUGCCCUGAGCCGAGAAAAGCAGCGUCAGCAGUUCAGGUGUUUCUCCUAUGAGGAGGCCGAGGGGCCACGGGGGGCUUACAGCCGGCUCCGAGAAAUGUGCCGUGGUUGGCUGAGAGUGGAGAACCACAGCAAGGAGCAGAUCCUGGAGCUCUUGAUCCUGGAGCAGCUGCUGACUGUCCUGCCCCCAGAGAUCCGGAGCUGGGUGAGGGAAAGCGGCCCAGAGAGCUGCUCCCAGGCAGUGGCCCUGGCUGAGGAGUUCCUGUUAAGGCAGCAAGAAGCCGAGAGACAGGAGAAUCAGGUGUCCUUGGAGGAGGAGGCUGGGAGUGUCUCCGAAGUGGACCAAGAUCUAUCUGAGACUGAGCAGAGGCAGCUCUUGAUGGGAGUCAAGGAAGAGGAAGAUGGAGAGUCCAGCCUGCUGGCAGGAAGCGCAGGUGACAUGGCCGGGGAAUUACAGGGACCAUCAUGGGGAAAAGUAAAAAACGAAGACUCUGAAGGAAACUUCAGGAAUCAAGACGGAAUAAAGAGGAAGGAGGAGAAUGAUGGGUUUGAGAGGAGGGAGAAACCCACUCAUUGCCAAGGUGGGGUCUCCCAAGAUAUCACAGUCAAAGAAGAAAGGCUGACCAAAAACAGAAGAAAGGAAGGCCUCCAUGCUAGCCAGAGAAUCCACUCCAGGGAAACAGAAAAUGACAGUGUGGCUUUUGGAAAGAACUUCUUUCAGAAAAAGAAUGUUGUUUCCCAGAAACAAAUUAACUCAGGAGAGAUACUGUAUAAUUGCUUGGCAUAUGGGAAGAACUUUAGUCAUCAGACAACUCUUACUUCUUAUCAAAGAAUUCACUCAGGGAAUGAGCAGGAGAAUGAGGAGGAUGAAGAACUGCUUCAGUUAUCACCAGGAAAAGCCAAGGAUGAAGAGUUCAAAGGAAACUUCAGGAAUCAAGGGGGACCUACAUGGCAGAAAGGAAUCUACAUGGUCGAGAAGAGGGAUAACCCCGUUCCUUGCCAAGGAAGGGAUUUCCAUGAAAUGAUUCAUCUGUCGGAGGAAACAUGCAAAUCCUUUGAGUGUGGGAUGAGCUUCUCAGAUCAAUCCCAAUAUGAUAUCCAUUUGCAAAUGCACAGUGGAAUGAAGGCCCAUAAAUGCUUGGUGUGUGGAAAGAGCUUCAGGUGCAGAUCAAAGCUCCUUAGGCAUCACAGAAUCCAUACAGGAGAGAAACCGUAUACCUGCUCAGACUGUGGCAAGAACUUUUCACGUAAAGCAAACGUUAUAGAACACCAAAGAAUUCAUUCAGGAGAGAAGCCAUUUAUCUGCUCCGAAUGUGGAAAGAGUUUCAACUGCAAUGGCAAUCUUCAACAGCAUAAAAGAACCCACACAGGGGAGAAACCUUUUGAAUGCUCAGAGUGUGGAAAGAGCUUCAAAUGGAGUGGUGAUCUUCAACGGCAUCAAAGAACCCACACAGGGGAGAAACCUUUUGAAUGUUCAGAGUGUGGAAAGAGAUUUGUCCAGAAAUCUAGCCUUCAACAACAUCAAAGAGCCCACAUGAGGAGAAACCACAUAGCUGCUUAGCCUGUAACAAGAGCUAGCCUCAUAUUUCACAGCUUAAAGAAAACUGCAGACUCCACACAGUGUUGAAACCAUACAAACUCUUGAAAAGAGCUUGCAUCUGCACAGAAACCUUGCUGUAACCACAGGAAGAAAAUGAAAUGGGGAGAAACAAUGUAAAUGCUCAGAUAGUGGAAAGAAAUUUAGCCUCAAAUAGAUCACUUGUGGAAGAAAGCAAAGAUGGAAGGAGAUUCAAGACCAGUUCUGCCCCCCUGUAACAGGUCAACAUAGGGGAGAAACCUCAUCAAUGCUCAGUGCACGGCAAGAUCUUUAGGCAGAGAUCAUGUUCAUAAUUCAUACAAGGGUAAAACUUUCACCUAUAGUUGAGUGGUUCCAGUGAUUCUUCUUUGAUUGCCCAGGCACUGAAAACUCAAAAAGUAGUUAGAUGAAGAAGGACCUUUCCAGUGGUUGCCCUUCUUUGUGAAACCUACCACUUGAGGAAAUCUGCUAAGCUAACUCUUUCUGACAUCUGCAAAAUUGGCAUAAACAUUUAUGCUCUUCAAAUCCUAUAAUAAUAACAAUAUUCGAUUUAUAUACCGCCCUUCAGGACAACUUAAUGCCCAC